ACGGGGCGAGGAAGGUAACGGGAAACAGGACGUGGUGCGUGUGAAGGCGUCGUGGACUAGAACUGUCCGAAAAUGACGACGGUGGCGAUUUCCCCAGCUAUGGCUCAUAAUAACAGUGGAAUAAUACAAGUGGUGAACGAAAGUAACCUAAGCAAGAUCGAGAGCUUCCUCAAUGACACGGCUUACAGAGAAGCCAUUGAGAAUUCUUCCAAUUAUAAUAGCCGAUUAUGCCGGGAACGACGUCUUCGCAUGCCCUUCCUCGAUUCACAAACGGGUGUUGCACAAAAUCAUUCUGCACUUUUUAUGUCCUCGAGAGAAAGAUUACCAGGCUUGUUACAUGGUCAGAUUUAUACUUAUCCAAGUAAACGAUGGCGAAAGAAACGUCGACAAUAUUUAAUGCAUUAUUUACAUCCAAAACGAGGACUAAGAGGAGAUACAGAAGAUGGAACAGAAGGUGUAGAAACUAUUACACAUGUAAAUGAUGAUAGCAAAGAUUCAGUAGCACUUAAAGAUGAACACAGUAAAGAUGCUUGGUAUUAUGAUGAGCAAGAUAUGUUAGACAUGGAUGCCUAUGAAGAACCUGAUCCUGAUAGCGAUUAUGAUUAUGAAGAGAGUUACAGCAGUAAACGGAAACGCAGAAAAACACGUGGAGGUGGUCAUCAUCCAGCUCGUAGUCAUCCACCUACUACAGAUAGUCCAGGCGGCAAACGUACAAAAGGUGGUGGCCGUGGACGCAAAAAGACCAACUACGAUUCUGUUGACACUGAUAAACCGUUCGUUUGUGACCUAUGCAGCGCACGGUAUAAGACCAGACCCGGUCUGGUCUACCAUUACGGUCAUUCCCACUCUACUUCCUCCGGUGAUCCUGCUAAGGAACUAAGUCCCAGUCCUGCCGAAGUUGAACCUAGGAGUGUUGCAGACACCGCUGCUUCGAACCAGCCAGGUGGUACUCGUCGGGGUCGUCAGAACGCUACUUCCUCGAAUACCUCGAGUCCUUCCCCGGCGACGCCUACCGCCGCACCCACUGCGGGAACGGCGUCGCAACCGCAGCAGUCGCAACAGCAGCAGCUGCAAUCGGCCGUGCAGACGCCCGUUGCCCCGGCGUCACCUACCAUCCCACCGACCAAGGAAGAUCAUCUCCCGACGGCAUCUUCGCCAGGCGGUACCGCCGUCUCUUCGCUGCCGCCCGUGGAAACCGCAGGCUCCACGGGCGGGCCACCCACACCCGGAGGACCAUCCGCGGAGAAGAAGAUCGGUGGUGGCAAAUCGUCGGCGGCGCAGCCGUCCCCGUACUGCGACUUCUGCCUGGGUGAUGCACGUGAAAACAAGAAGACCGGUGGUUCCGAGGAGCUGGUGUCGUGCAGCGAUUGCGGCCGCUCAGGGCAUCCAACUUGUUUGCAAUUCACUGCAAACAUGAUCGUUUCUGUUCGCAAGUACAGGUGGCAGUGUAUCGAAUGCAAAUGUUGCUCUAUUUGCGGCACUUCGGACAACGAUGAUCAGUUGCUGUUCUGUGACGACUGUGAUCGUGGCUACCACAUGUAUUGUCUGUCUCCGCCUCUUGCGUCACCUCCCGAGGGCUCCUGGUCUUGCCGCCUAUGCAUAGCCGAAUUUCAUCGCCGUGAUUAAGUCCACUUUCAUAGAUAAGUCACGGAGCUAUCCAUUUGCUGUGGUAUAGCGAUCAUCUUACUAGGAGAAUUAGGAGAGUAUUCACGGGCUCAUCCAUAUACUAUAGUAUUACUUAUACGGCGUUUACACACCGGCAAAUUUGUUCGAGAAGAAGAAAAGAAAAACUGUACGGCAACUUCAUUGAUCUAUUAUUUAUUAUGAAAUUUGCAUUGAUCAUCAAUUACCCGGUUAAAUUAAAUUAUGUUAAUGAUAAUGAUAAUGAUAAUGAUAAUGAUAAUAAUAAUAAUAAUAAUUAGGAAGAUACGUUUAUAUAGCAUACUACAUUAGAUAUCUCAGGCACUGGUGAUCUCAACGAGAUAAAGCUGUAAGGAAACACAUAUUUAUAAUUUAACUGAGGUAGCUUCUACGAAUAGAUGUAUAAAGAUAUGCCGCAACCCAACUGUUAGCAAGGUUCCGUAAGUGGAACGGAGACAAAGAGAUUACUAAUUUUAAAGACAAAGACGGAGUUCGAUUUACCGAUGAUGUUAGAUUUUACAUUCGUACUGAACAAAGUGUAUUUUUUGCUCAUUUUAGAAACUGACGCGUGUGUAUAUACACUCUACAGCGAUAUUACUAACUACGUGAACGAACGAAACGAACGAUAGAGAUUUAAUUAAAGAUCGCUAAAUAGGACAAUACUCUCCUAGUUCUAGAUUCUACUCUACUCUUAGUCAAUGAUAUUUGAAAUUUUGUUGCUUUCCAAACUUUUACAGUUGCUUAAAUUUAACGAAAAUUUGGCGAUCUCUCGAGUUUUCACAUUAACUCUUAGCUCCUCGCUAUCGGCUCGGGCCGCGUUUCAUAGAAAAAAAGGAAUACGGAAAAGAAAAUGAAAGAAUUCAUAUUCUAGAUCAUUGAUAUUAAUAGUAUUUGUUCCAUGAAUAGUGAUAAAUAGAAUAUUAUCUGUUUCUCUGUAUGUAUCAUGAUACUAAAAGCUUUUACACAUAGCUAUUAGUAGCGGACAUAGCUGUCAUAUACAGACUUGCAGUACUGGAAGAAAAUUAUAUUCUACAUGUUCUUCGUCAUUUAUAGCUCAGUAUUUUUAUAUUUUAUAUAUUAAAUGUACUUAAUUUAAGACGGCGCUGUGGGUGAUAUUUGGUAUAUAUAUUCGUUGAUUAAUAUAAAACCUCCUUUUUCAAUUUAUCGAUCUUAUAUUACCGCCUAAUUGUAUUAUCGUUAGAUACACUCAAAUUUCUAUCGACUCACUCUUAAGUUCUUUUUUUUCUAAUUAGAGCGACGGAUUUAUAUUUUAUAUUGCUUAUUUUUAACAUUAUGUAUACAAAUUUGAAAAUAAACAUUAGUUUAUACAAACCGGAUUAUUAAGUUUAGAGCAGUCUUAUUGCGUGCCAUUGUAUACUUUUUAUUCAACUUUCUCUCUCUGCAGGAGAAAGAAAUAUAACAAACAAUAUGACUCACGAACAGGUGCUAUAUUUCAGGGAUUAGCUUUUCUUUCGAAUGUUACGAUUACUUUGUAAUAUUGGCAGCGAUGUUUUAAGCCAAGGGGCACUACAUUCUACGAUUAUAGUAAAUAAUUAUU